AUCGAACAGGCUUUGGUUCCGAAUAGAUUUUUCUAUCGAUUCUGUAUUUCAAGGUUAGAUUUACACAUUUUUUCAAAUAAACUUUGUUUAUUUUCUUUCCUCCUAUUCACUACUAAUUUCAUGUUAUUUCUAAUUUAUAAUUAUUUUCCGUGGAUAAUAUAAUUCUUGUUUCUAUUUUUCAGUUGUGUAGAUGAUACCAGGCGAUUGUUUCGGUGAUGACUGUAACAUGAGGCGGAUGGCUUGAUUAGGCGCUGUCUUCGGUGGAUGGACGGUGAUGUGGGCGGUCGGCGGUCCGGGCUGCUCUUCUACGCGGCGGGCAACGUCCUUGGACUCCUGGUGUCCAGCGCGCGGUGGUACGGGCAGUCCCUCUACCUGAUGGAUGUCGUCCUCGGCCUGGCGGGUGAUGUCGGCUGGUCCCUCUCGGCGUUCUGCGGGGUGCGGCGCGACUUCAAUCCUGACAUUCUCGGAGGGUGUCCAUAUCCAUUGCGGGAGCGGGUGUAUGGCGAACGGUUACCUUCUGGUUUUUUAUCCGAGCAACGGUACGAGAAAUGGGAGUUCCUGUCUCGGGGGCGUCGUCGUCCGUAUGCUCUCCCGAUGUUUCAUCCUCCGGCUCUUGGGCUGCCGACGGAUCUUCCACUAGGAUGCAUCUCUCCUCCACCUGUGUCGAAGAUAAAUCAUCCAGUACAUUGGGAUGGAAAUCGGCGGCUGCGGUGAUGGAUGCGGAUGGCGGCGAACAAUCGGGUGAGAUGUCCUCGGUGUCCGACAGACUUGGAUUGACCUGGUCGUUUCCUGCCAUGGUUUGUGAGAGAAUAACGCGACGAACGUGUGCGGUGAAUAAAAAACGUGAAAGUGUUGAUGUGAUAUACAAAAUAAUUAAUAAGAAAUCCAAUAGAAAUUGUUAUAGCUUCGUAGUGAGUGAAAUACAGAAAAAGUGGUUUAGCAAUGUGUUCAGUGAUAAAAUGAGUCAAGUUAGCAAUAUCGUUAACAUAAAAAUGACACGAACACACAGGAUACACAGUGAACACUUAUGCGGUAAUACAGGUACGCCUCUUAUAAUUUAUUAUUAUUAUUAUUAUAAAUAUUUUAUUCUUAUAAUUUCUUGCCGCAAUUCACUAUAUAGGCUAGUGUUCUUUGCAAAAUUUUAUACAAAAGCAGUGAUGCUCUGCUUGAAUUCCACAAUAUAUCUGUGAUUUAAUUUUACUUCCCUCUUUAUGCUUUAAAAAUUUUAAAAAUGUAAAUAACUUCAAUCCUCUUUUCUGUAAAUAUUUAUAAAUUGUUUCAAUAUAGACCUAAUAUUCUUCA